GCUGCAAUACAAUACAGUAGAGUACAAUACAGAGUGAAGUCAGACUCUGAAUCCUUGGUAAUCCAUCCAUGGUCCUGCUUUACUGAAAAGUGCUGAUGACCUAAGUGUCCUUGAGCAAGACACUGCCAGCUCCUGGGGUGUCUUGUUGCAAAGCCAAGACAGACUUCAUAGUAUUGUCUCGUUGUUCCUGCGUCAUUUUGUUGUUCUGUAAAAACAUAUGAUUCAGUCCCGCGAGCGAGGGCACGUAACGACGUUUCAGUGACGUAGACAGAGAUCCACGUUUCCGUAGCAACUGGGGCCGGUCCGUUAACCGCAGCAGCCGCUUAACUACUGGAGCUCAUCAAGGAGCUUGGGGGGGGGAUUGUCGUCGGUAACUGGAUACCACCUCUGUCUUGUGGGGUGUAGAGACACGGGGGCGACGCAGUAUCGAGGCGGCGAGCCCGCAGUUCCGUGCGGAGAUGCUGAAUAUGUGGAAAGUCAGAGAGCUGGUGGACAAAGCCACCAAUGUGGUGAUGAACUACUCAGAGAUCGAGUCCAAGGUGAGAGAGGCCACCAAUGAUGACCCCUGGGGACCCUCUGGACAACUGAUGGGAGAAAUAGCCAAAUCUACCUUUAUGUAUGAGCAGUUCCCAGAGGUGAUGAAUAUGCUGUGGACCAGGAUGCUGAAGGACAACAAGAAGAACUGGAGACGAGUCUACAAGGCUUUACUGCUGCUGGCAUAUCUGAUCAGGAAUGGGUCUGAAAGAGUCGUCACCAGUGCCAGAGAACACAUCUAUGACCUGCGAUCUCUAGAAAACUACCACUUCAUUGAUGAGAAUGGUAAGGAUCAGGGCAUCAAUGUGCGUCAAAAGGUGAAGGAGAUGGUGGAGUUCAUCCAGGACGAUGACAGAUUGAGAGAGGAGAGGAAGAAAGCCAAGAAGAACAAAGAUAAAUACAUUGGAGUCUCCUCUGACAGUAUGGGAGGAGGAGGAGGCAGCUUUAAGAACUCUACUGAGUUGGAUCGUAGUAAGUGGGAUGAGGACUGGGAUAAGAGCAGAGGAGCUUUCCCCUUUAGUGAGAAACUCGGAGAGAUCAGUGACAAGAUAGGCAGCACCAUCGACGACACACUCAACAAGUUCAGAAAGAAGGAACGAGACGACUCACCGGACAGAAUCAGUGACAAUGAGGAGGACAGAGCAUCGAGAAAUGGUAGGCAGGAAACCCUUGAGUUCAAAGAUGAGGAGGAAACUGUCACAACAAAGAGCAUCCAGAUCACACAAGCAACAGAAACCACAACCACCACCACACGGAAACGCAGCGGAGCAACAAGCAGCAAGACUCUGGACCUGGGUGCUGCAGCUCACUACACUGGAGACAGGAGUCCAGAAGAGAAGUCAUCAGUCAGGCAGUCAUCCAGUAGCGGUCUAGCUGACCUGUUAGUGAUUGACCCUUCAUCCAAUCAGAGCGCUACAACAGGUGGUGGUUCAGACCUCAUCGCUGGCUUUGCUGACUUCUCCUCUCCUGCAGCCUCGGCCAGCCUCCCAACCUCCACCGCUGCUGCGCCAUCAAAUGGAAACGGAGAAUUUGGGGACUGGAAUGCCUUCUCGGCAAAUUCACCACCUUCGUCUAGCUCCGCUCCCUCCCAGCCCGUCACUGACCUGUUUGGCAGCGUCCAGUCACCCACAGCCGCAGCCUCUAAUCCCACCUCUGUCCCACCUUCCGCUGAGCUUUUUGACCUGAUGCUGAUGGGGGGAGCUAACCAUCAACUAACCAAUCCACAUACGACACUGAGUGCGUCUCAGAGCAUGACUUUCUCUCUGGGAGGGGCGACACCAGGAGCAUCUGUUGCUAUGCCCACCAUGCCCCUUUCUCGCUCUCAACAGAGCUUGGGAGGCAUGACAUCACAGCAGCCCUUAGGACAACAGCAGAAGGUCGGGGUCGGAUCAUUAGGGUCGACAUGGUCGGACCCCUCGGUCAACAUCAGCCUGGACUUCCUAUCAGCAGGCCUCAACCCCACUAAGACACCACCCACACUCAACAACAUCAUCCAGCAACAAGCAGUGCCUCCUGUUAACUUGUUGGCCCAGAACUUCGGAGGACUGAACCUCAGCUCCCCGCCCCAUGUGACACCCAUCAGACCACCAGCCAAUCCCCUGAUGGCAGGCAGUACCAUGACGAUGGGCAUGCCUGCGUCGAUGGCAGCGGGUAUGCCACCUUCAAUGACCACGGGUACCAUGGGGAUGGGGGGAAUUCCUGUAAACCAAGGCAUGAUGGGAAUGAACAUGAGCAUGAAUAUGGGCAUGACCACUCCAGUGAUGAUGGGUGGUAUGGCCGGCAUGGGAGUGCCAGGAGUCGGGAUGGGCGUAGCACAUUCCAUCACCCCAGCCGUGGUUCCGCCCAAACAAGAUGCCUUUGCUAACUUUGGCAAUUUUGGGAAAUGAGGGAGUGCAAGUGAGUGUGAGUGUGCAUGUCUGACAGUAUGAGAGUGUGAACCACAGAAGGACUGCUGUACUUGAAGACAACCUUGCAUGUUUCUCUCUGCUUCUGCUCUUUUUGGAGAGUUGGCACCAGUGAUCAUUCACCAUCCCAGUGUGAUUACGUGAUAUUGGAAGCAGGGGAGUGUGCCCACUGGUGCCCCUCACCCACUGGUAUUUUGAUGUGUGAAUUUAUGUCACACGGAGGACACCCGAAGAGCAGGGAAGUUGUCAACCCACAGCUUCUAGUCAUUACUUUCCUGUGAGGAAAGGAACCUCGUCUUUACCCGUUUUAUAUAUGAACUGCAGUGUACCCCCGUUCAUUACAAAACAUCACUGCAAAAUGUUUUUCUCUGUAACGGCACAGAGAAUUCAAUCAGUAAGGUCGACUCAGAUGAAAAUGGCAUUGCUGCCUGAAUUUUACAUUGUAGCCUGAGAUGUCAUGUUUUAGAUCAUUUCAACCAAAUUCAAUCACAAAAUUAAAGCCAUUACAUUAUGCCAGGGGGUGGCUGUGACUAUCUCUCACUCCCUGUGCAAACAGUAUAACAGUUACAGUAUCUGGAGUAAAAAGAAUCAAUACUCUAGUCCUCCGGCAGAGGGCAGGAUGGAUGUAUGCAGUGAGAUAAUGAAUUGCAUAUUACAUCUUUUUCUCUUUUUGUCUCCUCCCCUCUUUUUUUAUCAGGCUUGUAGCAGUUCACAAUACAUGGAUUUACAGUAGAACAUCUAAAGUUUUGUUGAUGUUUAAAAAAAAAAAACAAAAAAAAAACACCAUGAGUGAAGACUUGAACUGCUCAGAAAGAGGUCCCUAAAAUACCGUUGGGCUCUUAAACAGGUCACUGUUAAAAGUCAUACUACUUUCAAUUUUGGAUACCUCUGUCAUAUUAAAGCCCAAUGAAAGGGUGAGUCAGUAUUUUAUUCAAACUACUAUUAACUGAUAUUUUUUUUCUUGAUAGCCCCCAUGCCAUCAUGUCCCCUCAGACAUGCUGCCGUGGUAGACUUGACUUUAUGUAAGCAUUGUGUUCUAUCCCAUGCAGACAGACACUGUUUAUGGACAAAGGUGCAGAAUGAUGUCUUUUACAUAGUAUUUUCCAGUCUACUGUGGGAAAAGAGGGUCACCAUCUACAAGACUGAACUUCACAAUCGUCUAAAUUUCUUUCAAUGGCACACAGCAGAAUUUUUUCACACACCUCAGCAAUGUACCUUUAAUUACAAAGUAUUUUUUCCACUAAACAUUUUUCAUCUUGCAGCUAACUUUUUAGUAUCUUGUAUAUCUGGGCCUCACAAAUGAUGUACUAGAAAAAUAAUCACUCCUACAUUUGACUUGGGUUAGAUGAACUCAAGGAAUUGGAUCUUUUUUUUUCAUUAGCUGAGUUUUAUUAAAUGAUUUCUAUGGCUAGCGGAGGACCAAUCCAAAGGGUUUUGGGAUCUCGGGUGAAGUGUAUGUGUGAGAAAUGAGUGAAUGAGUAUGUGUGACUUUGUGUAUGGGUUCAGUUUUCUCUGUUUGAUGUGCAAACACAGCUAAGCAGAACCUCUUGUCAUUUUCUGAGGUACUGCACUCCAAAUGACCAAAUCUUUAUUUUGUUACUCUCAGAAGGAUGAUUCCAUAGCUAUUAGUUUAAUAUUUUAUUAGUUUACUUGUAAGGUUAUGUUCAUAUGGGAGAGCUACUAAUAACAUUUAGUUGACAGGAAUCAUGUUUUGUUUUUUUUUUUCAUUUUCGGUACAGCUCGUUUUAUUUGAUUGUGCUCUAUAUUUUCUGUACUUCAUUCAACAUUAAAUUAAAUUAUAACAUUAAA